UUUUGGCAAAACGAAUUAAUUCCCUCGUUCAUUCUAGGUUCUUUCCUGUUCAUUCAAGGAGGGAGCAUUAACAUUUGCAUCUACAAUACUAGAAAUACAGCUUCAGUUCGGAAGUCUAAUUGGAAACAGUUCGCCAUUUUCACAUUUUGAUUUUUCAGAAAUUAUCGCCAAUCCCAUUGCAAGCACGACGCCCUCUCCUCCAUUUCAAACAAGAAGAGACGGUUUCUAGUGUCUUUACGUUUUAUCUUGUACAUAUCAGCGUAAAUAGAUAUACAUAUAUACGUGAUUUUACUUGACAAUUACUUAUGGCGACGAUUAAUAAGUCAUUCCUCUAAAGCCUGCAUUCUGGAUCCUGGGAAUUCACUGCAAUGUACUAUUGACAAAGAUUCUAUGUAUCCGAAAGAAGACUGGCGAGAGAGCUCUCGAAACUCAUGACGAAGCCCCCCGAAGGAAUAUCCUGCUACCAGAGGGAGAGCCAAAUGAACUUGCUCAUUGCCACUGUCUCGGGGCCUCAGGGAAGCCCCUACGAAGGUGGAUUAUUCAAGCUGGAGGUAGAGAUCAGCGACCAUUACCCCUUUCAGCCUCCAAAAAUGAAGUUCAUCACACCAGUGUACCAUCCGAACAUCGACACCGGGGGAAGGAUCUGCAUGGAUCUGCUCAAGGUCCCCAAGGAUGGAUCUGGUGGCUGGAAUCCUACCAUAACUCUGGAAAGCCUUCUUGUUGCUAUUCAGCUGCUUCUGGAAAAUCCCAAUCCCGAUGAUCCUCUCAUGCCAGACAUUGCUGAUGAGUAUCGACUCAAUAAACAGGUCUUUGAGAAAAAAGCAAGAAGAUUUACUGAUAAUCAUGCAAAGAAUUAACAGAUGCGGUUCUUAAAAAGUGAUUCCUUCGAGCAAUUUUGAGGGAAAAGUGAUAAAGAGGUAUUUUUUAAAGACAUUGACUUAUUACAUUUAUCAACUAAUUAAUCAACGAUUAGUUAGUUUUUGUGCGACACUGAAACACUUUUACAAACUUGUUAAUUCGAGAGAAGGAGAUCUUUCGAAAGAGAAAAAAGAUCGACAGCAUCUCCGGAGGAAACUAAAGUUCUGCCAAAAAAAUAGCUCUAACAUUUAGUUCUAAAAUAAUUAUUUAACGAGUUGACAUAUUGUGAUUGUUUUCUUAAUAUGAAAUUGUCUUCAAAACUAUUGGUUCCAGAAAAAUCGCUUUAGUUUCGCAUUUUUUAAGCAUUUCAACAUUAAUUAAAAUAGUAGGGCAUUUAAUAUUUAUAUUAUAUUGAAGUAAACAAAAUACACAGGUGUUUUGAUAAAUAACUCGUUUCAUAUAGAUAA